AUGAAAGUGGUUGCAUUGGUCUCUGGAGGGAAAGAUUCAUGUUUCAAUAUCCUUCACUGUUUAGCACAAGGCCAUGAAUUAAUAGCGUUGGCGAACUUAAAGCCUGCUGAUCCAUCAGUACAAGAACUUGAUAGUUUUAUGUUUCAAACAGUUGGUCAUGAUGCUCUUGAGUUUUAUUCAGAAUGUGUUGGUGUGCCCAUGUUUAGAGGUGAUAUUAACGGGAAAUCUGUCAACCAACAAUUAGAUUACAAGAUAACCCAAGAGGAUGAAAUUGAAGAUCUAUAUCUAUUAUUGGAGAAAGUCAAAAUUGCACAUCCUGAUGUUGAAGCUGUUUCUGUUGGUGCCAUUCUAUCUUCUUAUCAAAGAACAAGAGUGGAGAACGUUUGUCAAAGAUUAGGCUUAACUUCAUUAGCUUUCUUAUGGCAAAGGGAUCAACUAGAAUUAAUGACAGAAAUGGUUGAAUCUUCAAUGGAUGCAAGAAUUAUUAAAGUUGCAGCUGUUGGUUUAAAUGAAAGUCAUUUGGGUCAAAGUUUAAAACAGAUUUUCCCAACAUUAUUGAGAUUAAACCAAAAAUUUCAAGUUCAUAUCUGUGGUGAAGGUGGUGAAUUUGAAACACUAGUACUUGAUGCUCCUUUCUUUGUGAAGAAAUUGGAAUUUAAUGAAUUUGAAAAAGUUGUAUCAAAUGAUGGAGUUGCUUAUCUGAAACCCAUUGUUAAAGUUGUUGAGAAGACUAAAGAAGAUGGAGAAUAUCACAGAGUACAAGAACGUAAUGUGGAUUGGAAGAAAUUCCUACCGAGUGCUACUGGGCUACUCAGAGAACAAUUUCAGGAUAUAUAUGAAUCAUUGCCUCAAUCUUUUGAAGCUGCUGAAUCUACAAAAGGUGCCUCCUCUUAUAAUCAAGAACCAGAACAAACCACCAAGAAAAUGGGGAACAAGUUAUUCAUAUCAAACAUCUCAAGUUUGGAAACUUCUGUUGAAGAACAAGUUGCUGAUGUGCUUUCUAUUUUAAACUCUAUAUUACAAAAAAAUGAUGUCGAUUCAAGCCAUAUUCAACAUUUAACAUUAUUAAUAUCUUCAAUGUCAAAUUUUGCCAAAAUCAAUUCCAUAUAUGUCAAGAACUUCACAGCUCCGUUACCACCAUCAAGAGUAUGUGUUCAAACGCAAUUACCUGAAGGAGUUCAUUUACAAGUAUCAGUCGUUGUCAUGUUGGAUUCUCAAAAGAAAACAGGUUUACAUGUUCAAGGAAGAAGUUAUUGGGCACCUGCAAAUAUUGGGCCUUAUUCACAAACCAUUAUUGAUGAGAAUCUAACUGCAACUUUAAGUGGUCAAAUUCCAUUAAUUCCAAGCUCAAUGGAGUUAUCAAAAGAAUCUCCAUUAUUUAAUGCAGUCUUAUCAUUACAACAUUUUGAUAAUGUCAAACAAGUCAUUGGAUGUGUUAAUCAAUUAUCAGUUGUUUCAUUCGUUAAAUCUCCAGAAUUAGUUAAAGGUGCUUCAAAUAUUUGGGAAAGUUAUUCAUCAGGAGAAGACAUGAAUCCCCAAAAUUCAUUAUUGAUUGUUCAGGUUGAAGAAUUACCAAAGAGUGCUAAUGUUGAAUGGGGAGGAUUGUCUUAUAAAAAAUUGACCAAUUUAUAUGAAGAU